AUGCCUUAUUAUCUCGAUCCCAACAGCAACUUCAACAGUUGGACAAUGCAGAAGAAAGUUCUUGAUCCUCAGGAGAGAUUUCUUCAGCAAUGGAACCAAGUACUUGUCUUGGUAUGUGUACUUGCAGUGUCACUGGAUCCAUGGUUCUUCUACAUUCCUAUCAUUGAUAACAAAAAGAAGUGCCUUGAUUUGGACAAGACAUCAAAGAUCACUGUUUGCGUUCUGCGUUCAAUCACUGAUAUUUUAUACAUCUUUCACAUUAUCUUGCAAUUUCGUAUUGGCUUCAUUGAUCCGUCUUCUCGAGUUUAUGGAAGAGGUGAGUUGAUUGAAGAAGAUUCCUCUGGUAUAGCCAAGCGAUACUUGUCAUCUUAUUUCAUUGUUGACAUUGUAGCAGUCCUUCCACUCCCACAGAUUGUGAUAUUGAUUAUCGCUCCCAGUGUGAAUCGUCCCAUUUCUCUGGUAACGAAAGAAAUGUUGAAGAUUGUCAUUUCUGUUCAAUAUUUUCCAAGAAUUUUUAGAAUUUAUCGAUUGUACAAAGAAGUAACAAGGACUGCAGGCUUAUUUACUGAAAGUGCAUGGGGUGGAGCUGCUUUCAACCUUUCCCUCUACAUGUUGGCCAGUAAUGUAGUUGGAGCCGUCUGGUAUUUGAUCUCAAUAGAACGCCAAGAUAGUUGCUGGCGCAGCGCGUGUGCCAAGAUCCCCUUCUGUUCGUCACAUAACUUAUAUUGUGGAGGAAAAACAAAUGGAAAUGCUUUGUUACUAAAUUCGUCUUGCCCUCUCCUGCAACCAGAAGAUAUAAAGGAUCCAGAUGACUUUGAUUUUGGAAUCUUUCUUGAUGCUCUUCAGUUUCGGGUUGUGGAAAAGAGAAAAUUCCAGUCCAAACUCCUCUACUGUUUUUGGUGGGGGCUGAGAAACUUAAGUUCUCUUGGCCAAAACCUUAAGACAAGCAACUUCGAUGGAGAGAUUCUCUUCGCCAUCUUCAUCUCAAUUAUUGGGCUAAUCUUGUUUUCCUUGAUUAUUGGCAAUAUUCAGAAAUAUUUGCAAUCUAUCACGGUUAGAGUAGAAGAGAUGAGACUGAGAAGGCGGGAUGCAGAACAGUGGAUGUCUCAUCGCAUGCUUCCACACGAUCUGAGAAAACGUAUUAGAAGACAUGAACAGUACAAAUGGCAAGAAACCAGGGGAGUUGAGGAAGAUUCACUGAUUCAAAAUCUCCCUAGCGACUUAAGGAAAGAUGUAAAGCGCCAUCUCUAUUCGUCUUUGGUCAAAAGAGUUGUCAUAUUUGAGAAAAUGGAUGAAGACUUACUGGAUGAAUUGUAUGAUAGACUGAAACCAGCACUCUACACAGAGAAGAGCUUCAUAAUCCGAGAAGGGAGUCCAGUAGAUGAAAUUCUCUUUCUAGUGAGAGGUACUUUGUCAUUGAAGGACAAAGAUGGUAGAGACUUCUGUGGAGUGGAGCUUCUUCCAUGGGCUUUAGAAUCUCAUUCUUCCUCCAGUACUUGUCCCAUUUCAACUAGAACAGUGCAAGCCGUAACUGAUAUAGAAGCUUUUGCCCUCAGUGUUGAUGACCUUAAGUUUGUUACCUCACACUUUAGACUACAUAGCAAACAGUUCAAACAUAUUUUCAGGUUCUACUCACGACAAUGGAGGACAUGGGCUGCACGCUUUAUACAAGAAGCAUGGCGUCGACACUACAGGAACAAGCUUGUGAAAUCUUUAAGAGAGGAACAAGAUAGACUGAAGGCUGCAUUAGCAAAAGAAAGCACAAAUGAACCAAGUCUUAGAGCUACCAUUUAUGCAUCAAGGUUUGCUGCUAAUGCAUUGCGCGCCUUGCAACGCAACCACACAACUGGUGCCAAAUUAUCUCCGACAUUACCUAUGCUACUUCAGAAACCAGCUGGACCAGAAUUGUAG